GCAUUACGAAAUUGCAUCGUAUUCUCAACUGCUUGAUCUGAGUUCUACCGAUUUGUUCAGUGUGUUAGCUACUUUUAACUUUUAUGCUGUAGCUUACGUUAAUAUUCUAUAGUAUCACCAUGUCGGUGGCAUUUGCACCUCACAGACAGCGUGGGAAGGGUGAUAUAACACCCGCUGGAAUACAAAAGUUACUUGAUGAAAACAACCAGCUGAUUCAGUGCAUAAUGGAUUUCCAGAGUAAAGGCAAAACGGCUGAGUGUUCACAGUAUCAACAGAUGCUGCACAGAAAUUUAGUGUACUUGGCGACGAUAGCAGACUCCAAUCAGAACAUGCAGUCUCUCCUCCCUGCUCCGCCCACUCAAAAUAUGCCCAUGGGUCCUGGUGGCAUGAACCAAAGUGGCCCCCCUCCUCAGCCUCCUCACGGUCACAACAUGCCCUCUGAGGGUAUGGUCAGCGGCGGCCCUCCAGCCCCACAUAUGCAGAACCAGAUGAAUGGACAGAUGCCUGGACCUAAUCACAUGCCCAUGCAAGGUCCUGGUCCAGGCCCCAACCAGCCCCCGAACAUGCCCAGUGGCUCUAUGAAUAUGCCCCCCAGCAGCCACGGCUCCAUGGGUGGCUACAAUCACGCUGUCCCUUCCUCCCAGGGCAUGCCAUCUCAGAGCCAAAUGAAUAUGACCCAAGGCCAACCCAUGGGAAACUAUGGGCCUCGUCCAAACAUGAACAUGCAGCCCAAUCAAGGUCCAAUGAUGCACCAGCAGCCUCCCUCACAGCAAUAUAACAUGCCUCCUGGUGGUGGUGGACAGCACUACCAAGGACAACAGAACCCAAUGGGCAUGAUUGGCCAAGUCAACCAGGGGAAUCAUGUCAUGGGGCAAAGGCCAAUGCCGCCCUACAGACCCCCACAGCAAGGACCCCCUCAGCAGUAUCCAGGGCAGGAAGACUACUAUGGGGACCAGUACAGUCACGCAGGACAGGGAGCAUCAGAAGGUAAUGCUCAAUAUGGCCAGCAGCAGGAGGCAUACCAGCAAGGCCCACCUCAGCAACAGGGAUAUCCUCCUCAGCAGCAGUACCCAGGUCAACAGGGCUAUCCACCCCAACAACAGGGAUAUGGUCCCUCCCAAAGUGCCCCAGGACAGUAUCCUAACUAUCCUCAAGGGCAGGGACAGCAGUACGGGGGCUAUCGCCCUCCACAACCCGGUCCCCCACAGGGCCAACAGCAGCGCCCUUAUGGUUAUGACCAGGGGCACAUGAGGAAAUAAAGACCCGGGGAUUUGAACCCCUGACUAGCUCUGUAAGAAGCAAAGGGCCAGUAUGGAAAUUACCAGCAAUGAGAAGUGAUCACAGCAACCAACACAGCUCUGCUCUGAUCUCUAAGCUCUGACCUCUGGUCAGUUACGAAGCAGACUUUAAUGAUGGUUUUAAUCUCUCGGACACAAACACACAAUGCUCAAAAAUACAAGAUACAGUUUCCCCUCUCUUUGGGAUUUUAUCUUUGCUGAUAAGAUGUAGUCAUGUUUAUCAUAUUUGCUGACAUUACGUCAAAGUCAGCGAGUCACCUCUGGUCCAGUAUGUCUCAAAGCAGCAAUGCCUUAAAAAUGGAACUGCCUUAUCCUUUAGCAUUGCAGAUUGUGAAAUGGGCUAACAAAAUUUUGGAUAACACAUGAUGUAAAUGUACAGUUUGAAUCUACGUGGUGCAUUGUUUCUCGAUCCUUCAGCUCCCCGAUCAUCAGAAGCAAUAAUGCCAGCAGUAGGUAAUUGUGUGGGGGACAGGGAAAGAUGAAAUGGUGCACCAAGUGAACUUCCAGCUAGGCCAUGGUACAUGUCUUGAUGUAUGUGAUGAUGUAAAAAUAUAUUUUAUGCUUUUUAGAUCAAGCUAACUUUGUAUAAGACAUUGGAAACUAGUACUAAAGCUGUGUUGUUAAUUUCAUCAAGUGUAUGUGUCAAUGUUUUUGUUUGGGGUUUUUUUUUUUUUUUUAAUGCUCUUUAAGAUCCCAUCCAGCACAUUUCCUUUAAUUGUUUAAUUGUGGAACAAUUAAAUUAAAUCUGCAACAUCAGCAGCGCGAACACCGAAAUACAAGAACAGGGAUUUUUUUUGACAUACACAGUAAUUCAUCAGUAAACAAAUAUGAACAUCAUACUUAUCAGAAAUCUGGUGUAUUCUGCGAGUUCUUUAGAUUUUUUUUUUUUCUCUUAAAAAAGUGGGUGAGUAAUUUUUUUUUUUUUUUUUUCCCCAAACCCACAGUACUUGACAGAAUAAUGGUUGUUGGCCUCUAUUUCAUAAAUGUGCCCGAAGAGGUAAUAUGUAGCAGAUGCCACUGAAAAUUGUGAGUAAAUGCUCUCUGGAGCCCUGUUUUUAUUUUUUACUUUUUCUAUACAUGCACCUCAGUCUUGUCCAUUGACUGCAAAUUAGUGGAUGGGGAAAGAAUCCAACUCGGUAUUACAAAUAUAUCUGGCAAGUACUUCAUUUGUUAGUUGAUAACGUUAGUUUGUUCACAGUGCUGGAAUCCCUCCUCCCCUUUGAAUAAACGUCUAAGUUGAUGCCAUUCAAAUAGUGUUGUGUGUGAAUAAAUGAUUGUUACUGUCAAAUAUGUAACAUAAGAUGUGAAAAUAAUGUUCUGAAAUCGAUUCCUUAAUUUCACAGUAAAGACUGGUUGUGCAGUUUUAUAUUACUGGCUUGAUAUCUGUAUUAUGGUGCAUAUUUUAUUGAUUCCCACGUGUACAGCGACAUAAAAAGAGGAAUUCAGUGUCCUCCUGGUAUUGUUUAUAUGGUUGUUUUAAUAUUUUUCAUUCUGCACCCCAUUUAAGUGGUGGUCACAUUUGUGUCAUGGCAAUGUAUAACUGUACAUUAUAAUAAAUCGGAAGAAUCUUUAA